AUGAACUUUCUCUCCAGCAUCUCGAGCAGCCUCAUCUCGGCAGGCAGCGCCGCGCUCGCCAAUGCCUCUGGCGGCGUACCGGGCGUGCAGGGGUACCAGCUGGGCGACAAGGUGCUCGCGUACGAGGGAAAGAGCAUCUGGACGCAGUGGAGCGGCAAAAAGAAGGACGACUCAACGCCCGUCUCGGUCUUCUCAUUCGACCUUUCAUCCCCUUCGCACAUCUCGUCUCACGACCGCCGCUCCCUCUUCCCUCUCGCGCGCAAUGCGUUCCGAAAACUCCGUGCACUCCGACACCCCAACAUCCUCAAGUUCCUCGACGGCAGCGAGACGGACAGCGCGAUCUGGAUCGUCACGGAGCCGGUUCGUUCCCUCGCGCUCGAGCUGGAAGGACAGGGCGGGUUGAGCGAGGAGAGCAAGGUCUACGGUCUGCUGCAUGUCUGCACGGCACUCGGCUUCUUGAACCGGGAUGGACAGAGCGUACAUGGCGGACUGCGGACGACGAGUGUAUGGGUCACGCCCGGCGGAGAGUGGAAACUCGGCGGAAUGGAGGUCUGCUCGCGGCUAGACGAGCCUGACGGCGCCAUGUGGCACGUCGGCGGAUUGUUGCCUGACUCGCGGACGCACGCCCCGCCAGAAGUCCGAAGAGGCGGCUGGACCGCUCUCAAGGAAUACGAUGCCUCGACUCUCGACUCUUACCUGCUCCACCUGUUCCUCUACACCAUCCUCAACGGUCCUCUGCCAACUUCCUACCUCUCACCAUCCGCAUCCGAGACGCCUUCACUCCCGCAGGUCCGCGGCUCAAUCCCUCCUGCCCUCUUCCAGCCUUGGCGACGACUCGGCAACCCCAAUCCCGCCGCACGACUAAAGACAGCCGCCUUCCUCGACCUCGGCAACCACCCCGGCGAGGGUUGGUGGACCUCGAACCGUCUUGUCAAGCUCUCGACCGCUCUCGAGGGCUUCUCCCUCGCGACCGAAGACGAGCGGAUGGGUCUAAUCCGGACUCUCAAAGCGAUCUCCUCCGGCGCCGCCAACGCCAAAACCGCUCCCCUCCCCUCCGGCUUCCUCAAAUACAAAGUCCUCCCCUCGCUUGUGCACACGCUUGAGUUCUCCUCCGGAUCAGGCGGCGCUCCUCUCCUUCCCGUCAUCCUCGACCUCUCCUCUUCCUCCGAUGGCUCGACAAACCUCGACGAGAAGGAGUAUCAACGCGACGUCAUUCAGCCUCUCGUGCGGAUGUACGCGACGCCUGAUCGUGCGAUCAGGAUGGCGUUGUUGGAGAAUCUUGAGCGGUAUGCGGACAAGUUGCAGAACAAGGAUGUGAACGAGAAGGUUUGGCCGCAUCUGCAGACGGGCUUUGGGGACGUCGUGCCGGUCAUCAGGGAGGCGACGGUGAAGGCGAUCCCGCUGAUUGCGCCAAAGCUCAACGACCGCAUCCUGAACAACGACCUCCUCCGCGUUCUCUCAAAGACCCAAACCGACGUCGAACCCGGCAUCCGCACCAACACCUGCAUCCUCCUCUCCCGUCUCUCGCGACACCUCCAGACCUCGACGCAGCGCAAAGUGCUCAUUCCUGCUUUUGCGCGAGCGCUGAGAGACCCGUUCGUCCAUGCGAGGAUUGCGGGGCUGAUGGCGCUUAUGGCGACGUGCGAGGUGUUCGAGAAGGAGGAUCUGGCGGGCAAGGUUAUUCCCGCGAUGAGUAUUUGCUUGGUCGACAGGGAGAAGACGGUCCGGGACCAGGCGUUCAAGGCGAUUGACAUGUUCGUCAAGAAGUGCGAGAGCUUGACGGCCAGCAUGCCCGAGACUGUCUUGCCAGAAACGGCGCAGCAAUCUCCUGCUCUCCAGGCGGCGAGCCAGACUCAGCCGGGUCUUGCAACAAAUGCAGCGGGCGCAGCAGGUGCUCUCGCUGGCUGGGCGUUCGCAAGCGUCUCGAAAAAGCUCUCGUCGGCGGAGAUGGCUGCUCCGAUCGAGCGCCGCGACUCGUCGCAAUCCAUUUCGAGCGUCAACGCCCCCGCUACGAACGGCGCAACUGCACCGGUGUCACGCACGUCGAUCGACAGCACCUCGGCCAGCCCGCAAGUUCCGGGCGGAUUCGGCGGAGUCGCGAAGGGCACGGAGGACUGGGGUGGGGACCUCAUGGAUGUGAACGACGACGAUGCGGAUUGGGACGAGUUCGAAUCAGGCCAGGCCGUGCCCGCACGCAUCGACCCUCUCGCGGCUCGACUAUCCUCCACGAAGCCUAAGUCUGCACGAGGGCGCGGCGGCUCGCUUCGUCUCGGCGCCGCAAGUCGCUCCUCAGGUUUGCGCAUUCCGCUCGACAUGGACGCCUCGGACAGCUGGGACCUCGACGAGUCUGGCGAGUCUGGGUCGGUCCCUCGAGCUGCCGCUCUGCCGUCGAGUCAGCGGCCGAUCGUUCGGAAGCCGCUCAUUUCGGCGACGAGCCCUGCUCUGCUCGCCAUGGCAGCGUCCACUCCGUCCAGCGCCUCGACAUCGACGCCUGCCUCGCCCAGGGUCGUGCCGCCAAGUGCAGCAACGAAUUUGCCCUCGCUCUCGCAGCCGAAGACGCCAUCGAUUGCGUCGCCGCCUCUCUCGCCUCCUUCGACGCCGACAGCCUUCGUUGCGCCGACUUCCCCUCCUCGCGCACCUGCACCCCCAGCAAUCUCCGUACCUCCCGCUGCGACUCCUCCAGUACAGUCACCCGUCUCGCUCCCUCGCUCUCCCCUCCCGCCUACCGCAACUCCCCCUCCCGCACCUGUUCCCCCCACUACUUCGACCGUCCCGCCUGUCGCUGCACCCGUCUCGCCCGUUCCGCCACCUUCCGAUCCUCCUUCUCGUUCCUUCACACCUGUGAGUACCGCAUCGGGCACGGCCGGACUCAGCAAGGAGGAGAAAGCGGCGAGGUUGGCUCAGGCGAGGGAGGAGAGGAAGGCGAGGAUGGCGGCUGCGAAGGCUGGUGUCAAGCGGUAG